GUAGCAGAGCGAGGGAGGAGGAGGUGGAGAAAGGCGGGGAGGAGGAGGAGCCCAGCAAACCAGAGUCAGAGGGACUGGUGGCUCCGGCGAGUGUGCAGCCCCGGGGGGAGACGGCGCUCCAGGCUGGGAACCCGUCAUCCCGCCCACCGGCCCGGCGUCUUUGGCGCCCGCCCUGUGUCUUUGGCGCCCGCCCGCUCGCCGGCCCGCGCCCAGGGGCCUGCUACACCCGGAGCUGGGGCCGACCCUCAGGGGCGCUUGGGCCAGGGGUGCCGCUCGGGGCGAGCCGGCCGCGCCGCCAGGCUGGUCCCCCGCGCCCGCGCCCGGGAUGCCGUUCUACAGGCGCACAGUGGUACCCCAGCGCCUGUGCCCGCGCAACCCGCCGCAGCCGCUGACCGAGCUCCGCGACGUGAGCCACCUGGCCGCGCUCAGCCUGCUCCGGCAGCUCGCCGACCUCUGCGGCCACUCGUUGGCUCUGCUCGAGGACCUCGAGGGGCACCUGCUGGCCCUGGGGCGCCGUACCGACAGCCUGUUCCGCCGCACCGUGCACCUCCGCCGCCGCCUUCCCUGCCGCCUGCUCGGCCCGGAGGACGACGAGGAAGAGCUAGGUGCCUCCCAUUGGUCAAACCUAACCCGAAGCCAGAGGGCGAGGGAACCUGUCGAUGCAGUCUAUACAGGUCAGCCUACCAAGGCACGAAGCUGGGUGGAAAAGGGUGGACAAGAUCUGGAGGGGCAAAUGGAAAAUGUGCACAACCUCUGCAUAGCUUUGUAGCUGGCUCCCUCACUCCCUCCAGCCCUCCACUGAAAUGUUACCUUCUCAGUGAAGCCUUCUCUGGCCACCAUUUCUAAAAUUUCAGCCCCCAGCACCCAACACCUUACAUCCAUUCAUGCUAUGCUUUCGUAUAGCACUUAAUACCACAUAACAUAUAAUUUAUUUAUCUUGCCUAUCAUCUGCUCCCCCACUAGAAUGGGAGUUCCAUGAGGGCAGGGACUUUGUUUGAUUCAUUGCUAUUAUCACUGCCUAGAAUAGUAUACAGUAGGUGCUCAAUAAAUAUCUUGUCAAUGAAUGAAGCACUCUCAGAGGCCCCCCUACGGUGAGUCUGCUCUCAGCCAGGCACAGCUGGGGGUAGGUGUUCAAUUGUUGUUCAUGCCUGCUGCUCUCAGUUUUCUCCAAAGAGGCUCGGCUGCUGCUGCGGUAUUUCAAGUCAGAGGGUGGGGAGGCCUUUGGUGCCCUCAGCAUCGAAACUUGCAUGACAGUUUGUCAACUCGAACCUUUUGGAAACUGCUGUUGCAUUGAUUAGCAUGGGCUGAGCUUUGUGUAUUUUUAAGUCAGCAGCAGUGGGUAGAUUCACAGUCAUGGGGACAUUGGCCCUUCCAGGUGGUACAUCCAUACCUCAAUAGUAGUGCUAAUGGGCCUGUUUCCAAAUAAGGUGGGCCCAGGAGGCACUUCCUUGAGGCUCAAGGGCAGGGGGAUGUGAGCUGGGCCCUCUGGCCACAGUGGUGGUGAAACAGGGAUAGGUUAGAUCAGGACAAGCAAAACAGGUUUGAAUUCCUAGUAUUCUGUAGCUGUGUCCAGGAUAAUGUUUUUACUAUACAAGUGGUAUAUGAAGAUAUUCUCAUUGUGAAAAAAAAUCAAACAGUCCAGCUACAGUUAAAAUCCU